AUGGCCCCAGACACACACGCCGACAAGCAGGAGCCCUCGCCGGACCCUUCGCGACCCCGGACGUCAUCCGACUCCCGCGUAGCAUCCAGCAGUGUCGGUCUCGACGCGGCCCGCCUUUCUCCCCAAGGUGCCCGAGCACGGCAGCGCUCAGCUCGCUCCGACCCCGAAGUCUACCGCGACGCCUUGUCGCCUGUGCUCUUCCGCCGCCGCAGCUCGCGCGGCAGCACCUUCAAGACCAUCGGCGAGGGCCAUGACUUUGACACCUACGGCUCCCUGCCGGGCUGGCAGCCUGGAUCCGAGCCGGGCUACGAUCCGGAGCUGCCUGAUGGUGGACACGCCUCCAUGCCCACGCUGAGUGCCGAGUGCGACAUUACCGUUGUGGAUUUCGCCCUGGAGCGCAUGGUGAAGCGUCAUUUUAACAAUGAUGGCUUUAUCGCCUUCUUGGAGAAGCCCAAGGAGGCCUGGGCCAAGUGUCGCUGGAUCAAUGUCAACGGCUUGAGCUGGGACGUUAUUCAGGCCGUUGGCAACCACAAGGGGCUGCACAAGCUUGCCCUCGAGGACAUUAUGAAUCUGCGCAACAGAACCAAAGCCGACUGGUACCCCAACCAUGCCUGCAUCAUCAUGACACUCCAGAAACUAGUCCACCUUGUUGACGACGACGACAGCGUGUCCUCCUCGAGCAGCACGCGAUCCCAAUCCACCCUCAAGCGCUGGCUAAGCUGCCUGGGCCACAAUCUGUCAAAGCACGGCGAGGCUGAAAAGGACCCCGAGCACCACACCCACACACCUACCCGUGAUGCCAACGGCGGACCGAUCCUGUCGGAUGGCUCGACGCUACGGCAGACGUCCAUGAUUCGCUCGCUUCAGCGGUACCACGCGUCGGGAAACGACGCCCGCACCGAGUACAUGGAGCAGAACUCGUCCCUGGCGCCCUACCACAUGGCCAUCUCUGCCGAGCAAGUCUCCAUCUUCCUCACCAACGACAACACCGUGAUAUCCUUCUUCGAGGUGUCCGCCGACGACGUGCAGCGGCCCAUCGUCACCCGCCUGUCCACGCCGGGCACCAGCCUCCGCGAAUCUUGCGACGCCUCGCUCCUCGUCCAGGCCAUCAUCGACGCCAUCAUCGACCUUGCCCUCCCCCUGACCGCCGUCUACACCGACCUCCUCGGCGACCUGGAGCUCGACGUGCUCACGUCGCCCAGCAUCAAGCAGUGCCGCCGCCUGUACAUUUGCAUCAGCGAGAUCAACAAGAUGCUGCGCUUCCUCAACCCCAUCGACAACCUGGUCAACGUCCUCCGCGACCACCGCACCCACAUGACGCAGGAACAAGCAAACCGUGAGCUGGAAAACCCCUCCAGCGGCGUCGUCGUCACUCCCAUGACCCAUACGUACCUGGGCGACGUGCUGGAUCACUGCAUCCUCAUCACAGAGGCCAUGGGCCAGCUGAAGCAGAGCUCGGAAAACCUAAUCAAUCUCAUCUUCAACACCAUCUCGGCCAACCAGAGUGCUUCCAUGCAGCAGCUGACCAUGGUGACAAUCAUUUUUCUUCCACUGACCUUUAUCACGGGCUUUUUUGGGCAAAAUUUUGCACCGGACGGGUUUCCAGAAAUUCACAACGGGAUAUGGUACUUUUGGGUGUGUGCCGUGCCGACGGCGUUUGCGACGAUUGUCAUUCUCAUGCGGGACAUGAUCUACGCCUGGGUCGUGAGGCUGGUGCAGCGGAAGCAGAUUCUGUCCUUGCGCAAGAAGAAGCAGAGGAGGCCGAGGAGGGGGUAA